AUGGAGGAAAUGGAGAGGAUGGAAAUAGAGGAUGAAAUAGAGAGGUCGGUCGAUGGCUUUGGAGUGAGAGAGGUAGAGGUUAAAGAGCUUCUAUUUUUGAUGAUUAUGGAGGUUUUUGUUAUUGAUGAAAUCGCUCCUCAAGUUCAAGAUUCACUCAUAAUUACAUUGGAAUUUCAGAACCGUGCUUAA